AUGGACUUUUCGGCGAACCACAAAACAGUGUUGUUAUUGGAGCGUGGAGCGUACCAAUUGGGAGAUUCAGGUGUUGAACAUGAUUUGAAUAAGCUGAUCAAGUCCCGCGGAGAUGUUGGAUUUCCACCGCUGAGGAAAGUUACCAAGUCCGUGUGGACAUGCACAGUGGUAUCUUCAAUGGAGUAUGCCAGGAUGGUGUGGGAUAUUUAUCCCGGGGAGUUCGACCACUCUAAAAGACAGCAAACGACAGAAAUCACCACCAAGACGUUUUCCUCCGCAGAUUUCAUUUGUUGUGAACUCGUCUUUCGGAUCAAGGUUGAGCUCGUGGGACGUCAAGGAUCAGAAUUUCCACGUGUGUUGUUAUUGGAGCGUGGAGCGUACCAAUUGGGAGAUUCAGGUGUUGAACAUGAUUUGAAUAAGCUGAUCAAGUCCCGCGGAGAUGUUGGAUUUCCACCGCUGAGGAAAGUUACGAAGUCCGUGUGGACAUGCACAGUGGUAUCUUCAAUGGAGUAUGCCAGGAUGGUGUGGGAUAUUUAUCCCGGGGAGAAGCUGGUGAUGAGCACUUUUGCCGAAGUUUUCCGGAAUCAGGAAGUUGGUGUUCCGGACUCCGGCCGAGCUCUCAAAGCUGCCCUUGGCUCUUUGUGUUACUCGACCGAGGCACAAAAAGCCCGACUGCCUGCGUCAGCCUUGCCUGCGAACAGAGGAAGGAUUGUUUACUUUACGCACAUCAACAAUUGUGGAGAAGUGAAGAAAUUGAAGCAGACUUUCCAGCGUGCUAUAUCGGAUAUGCGAGCGUCGGAACACGAUGCAACGUUGUUGAGUGUGGAUUCUUGUGAUUUGGUCGUGAUCAACGUGAACAAAGCUGAUGAGGUUUCGAAAGCGCCGGAUGAAAAAUGCGAGCUGGGUCCGAAUUGUUCAUUUAGUCUCACAGCAGUGUCAGCUGUGAGCCUGGUGGACCGUGUCCGCUGCUUUGCCAUGGAGCAUUUCGACUUGGCAUCCCUCACUGUUACCGGCAUUCCGAUGAAGGAGGAACACCAUUCCAACGCGUCUACCAAUUACGAUGUCGAGGUGUUCUAUCCCAAAAUAGCCCACAGAGGUCAAGACAAAGUAGACCUCCAGAACACGCACAAGAAAUCGGGAUACGAGACUCUGAAGCUGCGUUGGGUCGCCCCUCCGAGAGGCGACGCGAAUUUGACGAUUCCCUGCCACUCUGUGUCUCGAGUCACGUUUGCCGAAGUUUUCAGUCGGCCGUCGAAUUGCUUGACGAAUUUCAUUAUUUCCGGGCGAGUCGUUAUGCUGGAGGCACUCAUGAAGGACGGGUCGCAUUCCAUGUCGCACAUGCUGUCUUCUAGAGGCGGCGAAAUUUUCAUCCACUCUGUGAUGGACAGAGCUGACAAUGACGACGUGGCUUGUUUGACGGAAGGCGUCGGCGGGAAGUUGACUGACUAUCGAUCUCAGGUCCUCAAAAACUUUUUUGGGGGAUUUGCCAGUGCACAAAACAUUCUAUGGAAAUUUGCCAGUCUGGGGGCCAACAAAGGUUGGGGAACGCUGAUCGAGUGUGCUCCUCCCUUUGCUGCAUAG